AUUUUAGAAAAUUAGUUAUAGAUCUUAAUUUGAUAUAUGUUAAUUUAUGAACUUAUAUAUUUAAUAAAUACAAGUAGAUAUUAGGAGAUUGAUAUGAAAAUUUCAAUUGAAAACUUGCUAUAAAGAAUAGUUAGACAUCAUUUGCGCAUGUGUUAUAAAUAAAUUCGAACAUGUUUGAAAUUAAACUAUCUGUAACUGUCUCAUAAAGGUAAAGCGAGAACAAUUCGUAUUGUAAGUACGAAAAAUCUUUAAAUACGAAACAUGGAUUUAGAUAUAGAAAAGAUUCAUAGUAUUUUAACUGAAGCUAAUCUUCCGUCAAGCAUAAAUGAUUUAAAAAAUCCAACAGAAGAAUUUAUUGUAAACCUAAUUGACACAUUUCUAAGAAGGUUUCAUAUUGAUGUUAAUGCAAUUGAUAAUGCAACAAUAGAACAACGGGACAUAAUGUCAUACUGUGAAGAUUUUACUAUAAUUGCACUCAUAAAUUUGCAUGUUGUUAUGGUUCAAAUAUGUGAUAGAAUAUAUUUAAAAGAUCUGUGUAUUACAGAUAUUACUAGUCCAGGAUCAAAAAGAGUACGGAAACAAGCAAAAUUCCUUGCAAAUUUCAUAUUGUACGCAACUAAUAAAGAAUCAGAUAUAGAAGAUAAAGUUAUUGAAAUUCAGAACCGGGCAAAGAUCUUACACGAUAUGGUAGAAAAGAAAAAUGAAAUAUUGCAAGCUAUAAAUGACAAGGCAUUGCAUAUAGCAAAACAACUAUCAAUAAAGGAAAAGCUUAUUGCUGAAAUUCAAAAGCUACAGUCUAAACGUGAGAAGAAUAAUAAAAAACAAAUUGAAUUAGCGGCAAAGAUAACAGCUGCAGAAGAGGAAAAGCAAAAGACAGUGGAACUUUGUGGAACUUAUAAAGCACAAGCAUUAAAGUCAAAUAAAACAAUAACAGAAUUGCAAUCAGAAAUUGUAAAAUCUCCUGAAGGAUAUCAAAAGCGUUUAAGUGAAUUAGAACAACAGCUAAGUGCUAAAGUCAAGGAACGUGAAACAAUACAGGCAGCAUUCCAGGAUAAAAAAUGUUUGAUCGAACAACAAAAAAAUGAAUUGGCUUUUACUCAAGAACUAUUGGAAAAGUUCACUGAAGUUCGAGAUGUACACGAUCGGUUAAAAAAAAUAAAAGUACAAGAGGAUACUGUAAAGAAACAAGUUGAUACUCUCAGAACAGAUGUUGCAGAAUCUGAGAAAAGAUUAGUAAUUCAAAAGGAUCAUGAUAAAGAAGAUGAAAUAAACGAACUUCAAGCACAGUGUGAUGAACGUCUCUCCCCUUUACGUAAUUUAAAUACUCAAUUAUUAAGUAAUAAGAAAUUAUGUAAAGAAAAUUUAGAAAAAGCACAAAUUCAACACAAUGAAGAUUGUUUAAAGCUAAAAAAGAUACAGAAUAUGAUAAAGAAAUUGGAAGAUGAAACUGCAGGACUUUUAAAAAAUUACCAAGAUUUAUACAACAAUGAAAUGUCAAAUGAAAAAUCAUUAUGGAAAACGUGGACAAUAGAAUAACAAUCGUGUUAUAUCUUGUAAAUGUAUCAGGGAAUAUAUAUUUAAAAACACAGUGUAUCUUAUUUCAUUUAAUUACAUAUAUUAACAGCAUUUCUGUAUAA